AUGGGUCUUGCAGAGUUCAAUGUGGAGUUUCAGGUAUUGGACAUCAAUACCAGCUACAAUCUACUUCUGGGAAGACCAUUUAUCCACAUGGUUGGGGACGUGCCUUCUACCCUUCACAAACAGAUAAAAUUUAUUUGGAAGGACGAGGAAUGGGUCAUUCAUGGUGAGGGGAGUCACUCCGAUAGGUAUGCGCCGAUCGUUGAUGAGGUCUCCCGAGAUUGCGAUUUUUACAUGGUGGAGCUGAAUGGUUUUGAACCAGGUCACGGAUUGGGGAAGCGUUGUCAAGGAAUUAUCAAACCUAUUCAAGUUUUCGCCAGAGGAACGAGGUUUGGUUUGGGAUAUAUCCCAAUGGAUGACGAAGCAGAGACGAAGAACACGAGUGUUGAUCAAGCAUUAACCAGGCCAUUUCCUCAUUUGUACCAGUCAUUCUCGGCACGAGAAUAUGUCAACAAUGGUGGUCUCGGGGAAGGAAUUUGGGUCCUUUCUGAGGAGAUUGAUGCGGUCAUCGAGGAGGAAGUUGGGACAUCAGGCAUCCGUGAUGUAGAACCUGAGCAAUUGAAAAAUUGGACCUCUACACCACUUCUGAUUUCCCGCUCAUCUAGGGAUAUGCCAGGUCUAAGUACGAACAUGGUGUCUCAUAAAUUGCCGAUCAAUCCAGAUUUUAGUCUGGUAAAGCAGAAAACUCAGAAAUUCAAGCCAGAGCUGAGUUUGAAGAUCAAAGAAGAGAUUACAAAGCAGAUUGAGUCUAAAGUGGUGGAAGUGACACAGUAUCCAACUUGGCUAGACAAUGUUGUUCCAGUGGCCAAGAAAGAUGGGAAGAUUAGAAUUUGUAUCGAUUACAGAGAUCUCAACAAAAUCCUAAUGGAUGAAGAAGAUGGAGAAAAGAUAGCUUUCAUUACGCCUUGGGGUGUAUAUCAUUAUCGGGUGAUGCCUUUCGUUCUCAAAAAUAUCGGUGCUACUUAUAUGAGUGCUAUGACCACCAUCUUUCACGAUAUGAUUCACAAAGAGAUUGAGUUAAAUCCUGCCAAGUGUGCUUUUGGGGUGCCAGCUGGCAAGUUGUUGGGAUUUACAGUCAGUAGAAGGGGCAUUGAACUUGACCCUUCCAAGAUCAAAGCGAUUCAAGAAUCACCUCCUCCGAAGACCAAGAAAGAGUGUACCGGAGAAUAUCAAACUGCUUUUGAUGCCAUCAAGAACUAUUUGUCCAAUCUACCGGUGUUAGUUCCUCCACGGGAAGGAAGUCCAUUGUUACUGUAUCUAUCUGUCUCGGAUAAUGCAUUCGGAUGUGUGCUUGGUCAACAUUACGAAACUGGGAAGAAGGAGCGAGUCAUCUAUUACCUGAAUGGACCCGUUGAAGUAUAUAUUUUCCAGAAGGCAAUGCCGACUGAAAAGUUGGCUAAACGGCAAAUGCUUUUGAGUGAAUUUGAUAUUGUGUAUGUGACUCAGAAAAUGAUAAAAGCACAAGCCUUGGUUGAACAUCUUGCGGAGAAUCCGGUUGAUGAAGAGUAUGAAUCGCUUGAGACUUAUUUUCCCGAUGAAGAAAUAGCAUUUGUGGGUGAAGAUAUUUCUGAAGCGUACCCUGGUUACAAAGUAUUCUUCGAUGGAACGGCAAAUCACCAAGAGAAAGGUAUCAGAGCGAUCUUAGUGUCAGAAACCGGUCAACAUUAUCCUAUGGUGGCUAAACUCUGA